AGAAAAUGCCUCUGUCUCAGGACACCCUGCGGUCAUCCUGCAGCAGGAAGCUUUGCAGGAACCUCUUUGGGCCCGUUGAUCAUGAACAACUCCAGAAGGACUUCCAGUCCUUGAUGAAGGUGGAGCAGGAGGAGGCCAAGCGCAAGUGGAACUUUGACUUUGAAACAGAAACCCCACUUGAAGGGGACUACAAAUGGGAGAAGAUCUCCCAUAUCAAUGUGUUGUCACCUGAAGAUCUGCUGAGCCACUCAAAGGAGAACAGUUGUGUCAGAGACAACAGUGUGAGCUCUGCAGUGCUUCUCAAGAUACAUGCAAAGACAGACAAUCCUGGGCAGGGGAGCUUUGAGGCUGAAUCCUCAAGGCAUUUGAAACGAAAGCAGACAAGCAUAAAAGACUUCUACAGUUCAAAGCGGAGAACUAUCCCAUACAAAUCAAAUCCGUGAUGCUGCCAAGCAAGCAACAUCCUUCUACAGUUUCUUUCCUGAAGAUGAUACCUUCACCAUUAGCUGA